AUCCGAGGUAAAUUGAUUCUCUCUACGAAUUUUCUCCAUUGGUAAUGCUUUUUGUUUUCUUCGAAUCAUAAUUUUGUGUUGUAUAUCUUCGAUCUCUCGCUUUUAGCAUUUCCGUGUUUCUGAAGUAAAUUUCGUUGAUUCUUUCUCGCAAUAUCGUGAGCUUACCCAGAGAUCCUUUCUUGAUUUUGUGUUGUUGCAAUUUUGUUAGGUUUUGAUUUCGACGAAAAAUGCGGUACAAGAGAAGAUUUGUGACAGUUUACAGGGAUUUUCCAGAAGGUUGUGGUGUUCCUUCAAAACAUUUAUCCAAUGCUGAUGAGCUUUUGAUGCAAUCUAAGUUUAAGGAUGGAAUUGUCCUGCAGUCUCAUGGAGACUUCCUAGACAUAACAAAGGAAUCAUCAAAUGAUUCGGAGACCGAGACUUCUAUAACUGAGGAAUCGAUUCUUGAAUCUAAUGGAAGUGUUAAAGAUCAUCAAGACGAGGAAGGCAUAGGAGAAAGCGAAGAUAAGCAAAACGAGAUGAGCUCGGUGAAGAAGAGAUGUUUGAGUUCACAUAACUCAACCAUUGAAGUUGAGACAGAUGUUGUGGAUGUCUCAAAGAGAGUCAUUGUUUCGGGACUCCCAGCUAAGUCGAAAUGCCCUUGGAGACAACCUAAGAACCAAGGUUCAAGACAGGAGAAGAGAAGGUGGUGGUAACUCUGAAAUCAAGACUCUUUCUUAGUUAAUAUAAGACAAUAGGUUUA